AUUAUAGGCUUUCUGUCUAUAGGGCCUCCACUCUAAACGGCUUUUAUUAUUUUCAGAUGGGCUUUCUUUCUAUUUUGACUUUUCCUCACAAUAUGUAACACGUGUGAUGGAAAAAUAAUAAUACCACGUGUUUCAUUAUAUUCAUCCUUCCUCCACCAGACAUCAAGGUGAAGUGAUCAAAUGAAUUUUAUGUUCAUAACCACAAUUUAUUUCUCUUGACUUUUUUUUUCCGUUCUGUUAUCCAAAAUUAUUUUUUUUCUGGAAGAGUAACAACAAAAUGGAGUUGACCAACAUUUUUUAAAAAUAAGGCGGAACAAGUGGACUGUGGCGGUGGGUUCGUGAUUUGAAAAGUCAAAGAAGAAGAAGAUGGUGGUGGUAGCGUUUGACUUUGAAGAAGAAAGCGUCGUCACCGAUAGGCCUCGGAGACUUCUCUUCUAUUUAUAGCUUCUUUUCACCUUCGUUGAUAACAUUCAUUCAAACGACUAGGAGAACGCAAACAAAAUAAAUAUACAGGAAAAAAAAAUCAUUAACAAAAAAGGUUUACAGGAAACGAUGUCUGUUGCCGUCUGCAGCUUGCCGGUUUUCUCCCCGUCCUCGUCUCUUUUCUGCAACAACAAGGCGUUGAACAUUUCUCCGGCGCAUCAAAACCUGACUCUGUCUCAUUCCCAUCUCACUCCUCUUGCUUCUUCUCCUUCGGCUGCGUCUCCCGCUUCGAGUACUCCGUCAACGCCGCUCACUUCCUCGCCAAAGCCCGUGGAGGAGUGUAUUAUGGCUUGUGCAUUGCGUGGGAUCGUGGCAUUAGAAGGUUGGAGGUGGAGGUGGAUUCGGCGAGUGUGGUAGAUUUUCUACGGACAGGGAUACAUGAUUCUCAUCCCCUGUCAUUCCUAGUACGUUUGUGCUAUGGCUUCAUAUCAAGAGACUGGCUAGUCAAGUUUUCUCAUGUGUAUAGGGAGGCUAAUCAUCUUGCCGAUGGAUUAGCGACCUAUGCGUUCUCUUUACCAUUUGGUUUGCACUAUCUUGAGACUAUUCCGGAGGUUGUUGUUCCGAUUUUGUUGGAGGACUUGAGCGGGGUUUCUAGACCUCGCCAUGUUUACUUGUAGUUGUUUGAGUUUUGAAUAAAAAGUAGGGGACUAAUGUCUCCUGCAGUCUACCAAAAAAAAAUGUUCUUAACAGCCAUCUCUCCAGUUAAAAGUUAAAAAUACCAUAGCCUUUAUUAUUUUCAAACUUCCUAUCCAACUUGGUCUCUCCGUGAUUUCUUUGGAUAACGUUUAAGAGUAAGUUCUCGUGCUUGAUGAUCCCAACGGCAAAUAAUUUAGUAAUACUUUCACCAUGCGUGGAGCCUCAUCAAGCACGUCAAUUCCCAAUAUCUGUGUUCAGACAACUGGAGAUCAUCAACCAAUGGAAUCAUGCCACAAUGGACCACCGUCUUAAAAUCCACUCCCUUUCGGCAACCUCUUCUCCCUUUUGACCAUUCUCGACAUUAGUCCUGAUAUCCUCUACUUUGCAUACAUAUCAUGUUACUGUGGUCUCACCGUGACGAAAAUAGUUAUAUUUAUGUACCUGUCUAAUGAUUGGCUAUACAUUGGUUUAGAUACAUGAAUCCCUUGCUAAUGAUUUCUACGUCGGCUACCGUAUAUUCCAUGUCUGAUCAUGUAGGAGUCAAAAUAAUAACACUGCACGAACCAAAAAAAUGUGAAAAAGAUCUCAAGCGUUCCAAAUCUAUCGGCACGUUUUAACCGCGCUCAUUUGUCUUCCCCACGAUUUGUCUGAGUGAUUGGAUCAACGUGAUCCUGUCAUUUGUCUAAUAACUCUACAUAGUAUUUUUAAAUGUUCAAUUUAUAAAACCCAAAACGAUGGCGUGAAGAGUGCUACAGUAAUAUAUUUUUGUGGGAGUAAAAAAUCAAGAGACAAAUAUCAAACGCAACUUGAUUCUUGUUGGAUAAGGACUAAGGAGUAUUGGCAAGUGCAUUGAUUCUUACAAAUAUCCCGAUAACUUCUCCAAGUGUCCUUAGUGCCAUAUGCAAUCUUUCUUCUAAAUUUUAAAUUAUCCUUUCUGUGUUUCUUGCUAUAUUUUCAAAACAACUAAUGAACUAACCGUUCGAUCAAUGUAAAAAACAGUUUUUAGAGAGAAGUUUCUCUUUCUAAAAAUCCUCUCUUUUGAGCUAAGCCUCUCCAUCCUUUAGAGUCUUAGACUUCUAAAAGAAUUGGAGCUUUUGAUUAGGACAAACCUUUCCUCACUCCCGAUCUAAAGUUUUUUAGGUCCUUUUAAUCUUUUUUCAUCAAUAUUCGUUACUUCUCUUCUGGGUUUCCUUUAACGUUCUUAUCCUUUCCCAGAAAAAGCUAAGAUUAUCGGCAACGGUUUCAACCGGCCAUGUCUUCAGCCCUUGAUAAAGCCCUUCUAGCUAUGUCGUUAGAAGAGGAAGAUACACCUUUCGACCUUCCUGAUCUUCCUCAAUACAGCUCUUGUCAAAAUAACUCAAUCAGUUUGAUAGGAAGAAUCCUUAAUCCCGAUUGCCAGAAGAUUUCAAAUUUGAUUCGGGAGAUGCCCCGUAAGUGGCAGAAAUACGACCGAGUUCGUGGAAUAGCGUUAUCACCAGAAAGAUUUCAAUUCAUCUUCAAACACGAACAUGAUCUGGUAGAUGUUUAUGAGAAAGGGGUUCACUCGUUCAACGAUUGGACCUUAGCUAUCGAGAGAUGGGAAGAAAGACCUCCACCUGAUUAUCUCAACUUUGUUAACAUCUGGGUUCGUCUUCGUAACAUUCCAGUCAAUCAUUACACGGCUAAAUCUAUUGAAGCUCUUGGUGAUUUAGUUGGUCAGGUUGUGAUAGUCGCCUUUGAUCCCUCUAGGCCGCGUCUAAAUGAUUAUGAGAGAGUCUUGGUUCGCUUCGACGUCUCUAAGCCUCUACGCAAAACAAAGGUGGUUAAUCUUCCAAGCGGUGAGCAAACUACAAUCUUAUAUGAGUAUGAAAGAAUUCAUAAAAGAUGUUUUCACUGUCAACGCUUAACACAUGAGCAAACGGUAUGCCCCUUCAAGCUUCGACAACUAGAAAAGAGUUCAGAGCAGAGUAACAUCUUGAACAGAGGUUUGAAGAAUUCUCAAGACAAGGUUUUAAAAGAAUCUGAUCCUCUCUUUGGGGUUUUAGAAGAAAAUCAGGUUGGGAUUAAUCCUGCAACAGGAAGACAGAGAAUUGCCAAAGAAGUACUUGAUGGAAUGAGGCAGUAUCUUCUUACAGCUUCAGGUCCCGAGAAAAUCAUCAGAGAAUUCAGAGUCAAGGCUUCUCUAGCGGAUUUGGGAAGUGAUCCUGUAGCUCAAAAGUCUUUUCUCAGUCUGGAAAAUGUUCCGGUGAUUACAUCUGAAGUUGAGAAAGGAAAAGGACAUGUUUUUGAGUAUCAGAACAAGUCUUCAUCGGAGAUUCCUAAUCAUACUCCCGGUUAUCAUACUAAACUUCUUGCAUCUGCUAUUCAAGCUGGGAGAAACAAGAUUGACAUAUCUACUCCUCAAUACUUCUAUUCUGAAGGCUCAGCAAACGAUUUCUAUGAAGAUUCAAGAUCUUUCAUGGAGUUCUCUUCGGUUAAUUCGGCAGAGAUUGGAGAAGCUGGUACAUCACGUUCGGUAACUGGUUUCAAGCCUGGAAGAGCUCGUAGAAGACCUCCUAAAAGUAAAAGAAAACCUACUGAAGGAGCUUUAAAGAUUAAUGAAGUCAGUUACAAGAACAUGGUUGUUAAGAGAAAGGCUGAAGAUGAAGUCAAGCAAGGUUCUAAGAUCAAGCGAAAGCUUAACGAGGCGGUCCCAAUGGAGGGACUGCCCAAAGAUUUAUGAGCCUGAUGAGC